AUGAGUUGUAGCAUUUGCUACUGCAAAGAUGUGGGUGGUCUUAUGUCGCAUCUGGGAGGUAAGCACAUUUUUGAAAAAUUGCGGCUGUUCUUCGACUCGUCAAAGACUAGUUUGAAGGCAGUACUGUUUCACAAUAGAAACAAAAACACUCAGAGCUUAGGAUGGGCAGAGUGUACGGCGGAACAUCUGCUGGAGCUGAAAAGAAAGUUCACGUGCAUUGAUGAUGUUGAUGAUGAUGAUGCAUUGCAGGCAGAUGAAGUUUCUUGUGGAAAUGGAUUUGUUGAAGGCCAUGAAGAAUGCGAUUGUGGGAAUCUUCCCAAACAUAUGUGUUCGACAAACUGUUGCGAUCAAAGAACGUGCCGUUUGAAGUCAAGAAGCCAAUGUAGCGAUGGGGCCUGCUGUCACCUUGCCACGUGCACUUUUAAAACGAACGAAACGAUAUGUAGGCCAGCGAAAGACGACGAAUGUGAUGUGGAUGAGAAAUGCGAUGGCAACAUGGCUACUUGCCCACCAAAUGUCCAUCAAGAUAAUGGUCUUAUGUGCUCAGGAGAACAUUACUGCUACGAUGGCGGGUGUGUGACCAGGGACAGGGCAUGUUUGGCGAUGUGGUCUGGAGGGGUGAAGGCCUCCGAUGACGUUUGCUACUCCAUGGUGCCACCUGACUACGAUCCUCUACUGUUGUAUUGCUAUGCCAACAUGGCCACGUCUGUUAUUGUUCCGUGCAAUGAAAGAAACAAAAUGUGCGGCACUGUGUUUUGCAACCGAAUAAAAGAGUCAGAAAUGCACAUGAACAUCAUACCUUUCUUAACUCUGCACAACAACUUCAACAACUCCGUCACCUGCACGUCCGCUUUCUACCCCUACCAAGACGGUGUUAGAAAUCCUGGCAUUGCUCCUGAUGGAUCAAAGUGUGGUUCAAACAAAAUGUGUUUGAAGAGAGAAUGUGUAGAUGUUCCUGUGAUUGUGUUGACGAAGCAACAAGGAAUGAGAAAAUUUUACAGUUCUUUUUCCAAAACAAGGAAUGAUCUUGGCAUCAGAAAAAUGAUUGUGUCUUUUACAUUAACAUCCUACAUUAUAUUAAUACCAGGCACGCGAAAGUUAGUUGACGUCGUUUACAAAGAUGCAGCCGGAAAGGAAGUGGAUUACGAACUAUUAUUGGAUUUUUCAUUUCUCAACAUUGAUUUGGUGGAGAACGGGAAAGCUAUAUAUCAGCUAAAUUUGCAUGUGAACACUCAGUUGUUUACGAAAGGUUUUACGGAAUAUGUCGUAGAGGAAGAUGGCAUUCGAAAACCUCUGCCUAAUACGGGUAGAUUUGAUUGCAACUACAAGGGACAUGUGGACAACGAUCGAUCACGCGUCGCCUUCGUCAACCUCUGCAACGGCAUCAAAUUUGGAAAAAAUCAUUUCAGUGGAUUUUUCUCCGGCAAUGAAUCAGCGUACGAAAUAAGUUCUGGUGGUUUGAGCCUGAGUCUCAAGUACAAUUCUGCCUAUAUUUCAAAUGAGAAUCGAAGUAGAAUCAAUGUCUUGGAUCGGAAAGUUCGUGUGGCGAAGAUAUAUUUUGUCAUUGAUUUCAAUGAGUUUUAUCAGAUGCUCGAUGUGUUGGUUGCUAUAGUUGGAAUCGAAUACUGGAACCAAAAUACUUUAGAACUAAGAGAAAACGCCACUGCAAAUGACUUUACUGAGUUUUGGUGUAGUUAUACUUACAAACACAUCUAUCCAUUUGUCAUCCAACAUGAUAUCACUUUCCUGGUGACUAAACACGUUUUCUCCAAAACAAUGGGAGCGGCCAAAAUGUACGGUAUGUGCUUCCCGAGAUCAUCUGGCGGCUGGCUCACAACAAUGCAAUCGGCUUACGAGAUUGGCAUAACAUUCACGCACGAGUUGGGACACACAUUCGGCAUGAAGCACAACGAGGACGUGCCCGGCUGCCAGUGUACCGGGCACUGUGUCAUGGACACAAAAGCAACGAAAGGAUUUAAAAACUACGAGUGGUCAAGUUGCUCUAAGGAAAAGAUAAAGUACGUCAUCAGUCUGCAGACCUGCCUCUUCAUGCCCGUGGAAUUCAUCAACGAUGCCAAAUGUGGUAACGGAAUAUUGGACAUAAAUGAAGAAUGCGAUUGUGGAAACCUGCCAGAAAGUGUUUGCAACUGGAAAUGUUGCGUGCGAGAGACAUGCAAAUUGAGUGCAGGCAGUAAUUGUGCCACAGGACUGUGUUGCGAUCUCAUAAGUUGCAUUUUGAAAAAACAAGACAUUGUGUGCCGAAAUUUAUACGAUGAGGAGUGUGAUAUUGAAGAUAAAUGCGAUGGCUCCUCAAAUCUCUGUCCUGAUCAAAAAUUUGACGAUGGCAAAGUCUGUCAGAGUAAUUUUUACUGUUACAAAGGAAUCUGUCGAACUUACGAUCGAUCCUGUCAGUUUUUGUGGGGUACAAAGCUAACGAAAGGUGCCUCACUCAAGUGUUACGACACCAACUCAUUGGAAGGACCCAAUCAAACGCAGAACAACUGCAAGUUCGAUAUCGUUAAAAAUCAACCAAUUCCUUGUAAAAAACAAAAUGCUAUGUGUGGUACAUUAUUUUGCGAUGGACCAGACGACAAGAACAGCAUGAGAUUUGGGAUUGCCACAAUUUUCAGUAGCCAACUGCCAGAUCAAUCCAAAUGUGUUUCUACUUUCAUGAUUUAUUCUCCAUACGUUGAUAAUCCAAGUUACGUGGAAGAUGGAACUAAAUGCGGAAAUGGAAUGAUAUGCUACGAAAGUCAGUGCAUUAAUCUGAAAAAUGUUCCAAAAAGUAAGCCUAAACGAACUCCUCGACCAUUGCCAAACGUUGAAAAGUCCGAUGAAAAAUCGGAAACUCCCGAAGAUUAUGAAGAUAGUAAAAAUCGUGACCAUAAAAAUUCUGCUUUUUUAAAUUUCAAUAAACAACCUUUACUAAUUUAUUUCAACAUCUGUUUCAACGUUAUGUUUGACUAAUCUACUCAUUUAAUAAAUUCAGAUCCUUUUUAAUAUUUCACUGGUUUUAAAAAAUUAUUUAAAUGCUUUGAGCUUUUUCAAAUUUGUUAACUGGUUAAAAAAUGAUUGCUCAUUCGAUUGCCGUUUUUCGUUUUGAUAG